CGGCCACCGAGAGGACCGUGGUCAAGAGUCUCUAGCUUCAGAGGUUUCCAUCUGCCAGCAUCUUUUUCAAAACCGAUCCAAGUCCCUUGCCCUACAUUAUCGACAUGAAGCUCUCCUCCUUCUCCGUUGCCGCCCUUGUGGCCCAGGGGGUUUCGGCGCACUACUGGUUCGACACCAACAUCGUCAACGGCGCCGUCCAGCCCGACUACAAAUACGUCCGGGAGUCCUCCAGGGGAAAGAAGUACAACCCCAUCAAGUUCUCGUCCAACCCGGCCGCCGACCUCCGCGAUAGCUCGACCAUCGACGGGCCUGACUCCCGAUGCAACCAAAACGCCUUCGCCAGCGCCGGCCGUACCGAGGUUCUGACCGUGAACGCUGGCGAUGAGAUCCGUGUCCGUCUGGCCGCCAACUCCAAAUUCCAGCACCCUGGCCCCAGCCUCGUCUACCUCUCCCGGGCCCCGAACGACAACGUCAAGGCAUACGACGGAUCCGGUGACUGGUUCAAGAUCUUCCACGAGGGUAUCUGCAACAAGAACGCCGACAUCAGUACCAUCAACAGCAACGCCUGGUGCAGCAACGGCAAGAACCAGCUGGCAGCCAAGAUCCCCAAGAACACCCCCAACGGCGAGUACCUCGCCCGCUUCGAGCACAUCGGCGUGCACCGCUCGCACGUAAACCAGCCCGAGCACUACGUGUCCUGCCUCCAGAUCAAGGUGGUCAACGGGGGCAGCGGCAAGCCGAGCCCGACGGUCAAGUUCCCCGGCGCCUACAAGGCCCGCGACGGCUACGCCAACUACAACAUCUACAACGGCUACAGGGACUUCCCCAUGCCCGGCCCGGCCGUGUGGUCCGGUUAACGGUUUGAUGGUUGGUUGGUUGGUUGGUUGGUGUUUUCCUCCCUGGCAAUUGGAGUGGGUGGGUGCGC